AUCCACGCGACGCUCGGCAAGGUCGAGGCCGUCAAGGUCGUCAUGCAGGACUCGAUCGAGCUCGCGCUCCAGAACUGCGUGUCCCUCGAGGCCAUCGACCAGAAGGCCGACGAGCUCCAGAGCCAGGCGGGCAUGUUCAAGAGCAAGGCGAAGAAGCUCCGGUCCCAGAUGUGGUGGAAGAAGUGCAAGAUGCAGCUCCUCAUCACGUUCCUCGUGCUGACGAUCAUCGGCGUCAUCGUCAUC